GAUGCAGACGCCAUAUAAAUUUCUAAGCAGGCGUGAGGAAGCGGGAGCGCAGUCCGCGACCGGCGCGGGGAAGAAGUGGAGUGGUAAUCCGGAAAUUUCUGCGAAGAUCCAGGGGAAAUGAAUUGCAGCGGCCGCGCGGCCGCUCUGGGGUCUCGGUCUCCUUUACCUCCUCGUUGCGUGCUUUAAAAGGGAGAUCCGGGCGGUCUCGUCCCAUAUAUUCCAAAACUCCUGACGUUUCCCUAAGCCUUCUUCUCUCUUCGAAGAAUCCGAUCGGCGCCAGCGAGCGAGAGAUCUCCUCUCUCUCUCUAUCUCUCUCGUUCGCUGCUCUUCGAAUCGGAUCGGAGCUCUCUCCGCGUGGAAGAUGGGGUUCGUGUCCUUCGCUGGCAGGGUCCUCUUCGCCUCCGUCUUCCUCCUCUCCGCGUACCAGGAGUUUAGUGAAUUUGGAGUUAAUGGUGGGCCAGCAGCGAAGGCUCUUAGGCCAAAGUUCAACCUUUUCAUGAAACAUGUUUCAACCCAUCUUGGGGUAGCAGCACCGCAUGUUGAGAUGAAACAUGUUGUUGCCACUACCAUAUUUCUGAAAGGGCUUGGAGGCCUUCUGUUUAUCUUCAGCAGCUCCUUUGGAGCUCAUCUCCUGCUUCUUUACCUGGCAUUUAUUACUCCUGUGGUGUAUGACUUCUACAACUAUGACAUGGAGACGCCAGAGUUUGUGCAGCUCUUCAUCAAGUUUGCUCAGAAUUUGGCUCUCUUUGGCGCACUACUCUUUUUCUUGGGGAUGAAGAACUCUAUCCCAAAGCGGCUGCCCAAGAAGAAGGUUCCCAAAUCAAAAGCAAAUUAAGUUGAAAAUUUGAUGGUGCAUGCAGACUAGGUUGGUGAGAGUCAGUGUUCCAAUUGAUUUUGUUACCCAAUUCGUCAUCGAUCUGAUUGUAAAACAAGUUUCAUGAUGCGUCAAGGAUGCUGAUAUCGUUGGACUUGGAGAGCACUCCCUUGACCCUAAUAGCUUUUGCUUAAUGUGUAUUGACGCCCGCCAAGAUUGGAAGCAAGUCAAUGCCCGAACUUCUAGGUCUUGAUCCGGCAUAUUAAAAUUAUGAUUUUGUUCGAUGCAGUGUAUUGUUUCUUUGGUUACAGAGGCAGUGUAUUGCUUGGCUGGAACUUUCUAAGCCCUUUUAUCUGUUGUUGUUUGAUACCUUUCCAGUGCCUCCGAUUUCCAUGGUACGGAGAGCACUUUGUUCAACCUUGCAUCCAAAGUCUUACUUUUAAACUAAUUUUGCUUCCUGUGGUUGGA